AUGAAUUUCGGUAUUCCCUGUACUCCAACACGUUACGAGAUCGCCUUCAACGACUCAGACGACGAGGAUGACACAAUGGAUUUCGGUAUUCCCUGUACUCCAACACGUUACGAGAUCGCCUUCAACGACUCAGACGACGAGGACGACACAGAGGACACAGAUGCUGAUAUCUUUGUUGGUGAUGGCAUCGUGUCGACUGCGCCAAUGAACCGACACCAGCGGUCGGCAGUCUCAUUUCAGCCAACUCGUUUUUACAAGUCCCUCGUGUAA